CACACCCCAGGAAACCUCUUACCUCAGCAUCUCCAUGUUGGCCCGAAGCUGUUACAUGAACGCCGGCUUUAACCCCGUGGAUGCCAACCGAAUGCUGCAGUGUUUUGCCAAUGGGCUGUACCACCAGGUGGGAAAUCUCUCGGAGCAGCUGCCAGGGUUGAACCUGAAACAUCUGGGCUGCAGCAGAGUGGGAGCAUAUCGACUGGCUGAGAUGGCCUUCUUGACGAGCGCGGAGAAAACCUUAGGUUGGCUGGUGACGCCGCCCUUCAUGUGUCAUCAAUGCUGUCAGCAGGGCCAUGGACGCUUGAUGGUGCUCUUGGCGAGGAACCCCUACAUGCGCGUGGCCUCGUAUUUCAAGCGCUGGAUGAUCACGAAGUUCGGCGGCUGGCCCAACUUCGCUACCUUCGUCACGGUGCUGAUGGAGGUAACGAACACCACCAACUGCUUCCGCGAUUGCAUCGGAGCCGAGUUCCCAUGGUUGAAUUCCGAUGACGUCCUGCACCUUCGAUCCGUCAAGGAGAUGUUGGAUGACCCGCGGAUUCAGCCACCGCGCAGCGCAAGGCAAUUCUCUGUGCUGCGCUUGGAGAACUGGAAGGAGGAUUGGAAAGCGAUAGAGGAUCGACUCUGCUCAGAGUUCCACCACUGCGAGCACCUCCCGCCGCCCCCUCGGGCAAAGGGCGAUCACCAUGCCCACACGGAGCGCUUGACGCGGGACGUCAUCAGCUGGGCCAAGCUAUGGCAGGACCUCAAGAAACCCAUGCUGUUCCGUUACGGGUGGGACUUCUAUCACCUUGGCUACUCCACAGAUCCCACGAAGUUGCGACCCCUGCGCCCCGCUCAACCGAGCCGGUCGACAUAAAA